AUGGAGGAAUCCGUCGAACACAAGAGGCGCCGAGGCGAGGAGGAGGGCUUCCCGGAGAGUUCCUUGCCUGCGGCCAAGCGCCUUCACGAUGACCUUCUCCUUGAUGACGACGACGCAGGCGCCCGGGAGCAGGACCUCGCCUCCGUUAUGAAGAGCCUGGAGGAGGAGAUUUCUCUCCCGUCGCCUAUGCCGCCUCAGUCGCAGGCUGCUGUGUGGACAGACCAGCCGGAUUUGGGGUACCUCUGCGAGGCCUCCGAUGACGAGCUUGGCCUACCGCCGCCGCCUUCGGUUCCGUCAUCGUCCGUCGAGGGCGGCGAGGCCCCAGAGUUGGAAGCCUCCACUGUCGCCACCGAAGGAGGUGCGACGGAGGCUGUGGAGAUCGGUCAGAUGUGGGGAUUCGACGACGAGUUCAGCGGCUACGGGUGGCCAGAUGAAGUGUUCGGGAUCGGGUCGGAGUGUAGGGUGGUGGCGGAGUCGGAGAACGGGAUGCUGUUCGACUGCGGGCUGUUCGAAGUCGCUGACGCCGCUGACUGUUCGCCGGCCGACUCCGCGGAUAUCCCCUGGCGGUCGGAGACGCUUCCCGCCGUCUGA